AUGCUGCAUGAAAUACUCCUUUCAUUAUCCGGGCUCCAGUCCCCUAUCUGGAACCAAGAAAGAGAACCCGACAAUGCAGAGGCAGCAGAGGCACGGAGCUUCAACCAAUAUGUCUCACCGCCAGAACGGGCUAUGCUAGACACGUUGGGUCACCUGCACGAUUUACAUAUCAAGAUCCGGGAUGGAGCUGCUCGGUCUGCUACAAACCCCUCCAUGGUUUGUAGAGCAGUGGGUUCUUCGAUAAUUGAUGCACACCUAGGCAGAUUCAUGGAAGAGAUUCUGAAGGUUGAGGCUUUAAUGCUCAAGAAGGAUGCGGGAUUCGUUGGCGCGUACGAUAUUGUUCCUUUGAGCACAGUCGUUGCCGAGUUCGCACCUUGGGCGAGACGAUUGGAAUGGCUAUGGUCCGUGGUACAACGUCUCGAACCGGCCUCCAGACGUGGUAAUAGAACGCGAGCAGCCUCUGGGGCCGCCCUCCUUGCUUUCCUGGAGAGAGAAACACGUACGGGCUAUGCAGACAUUGAAGAUAUGGCUGUCGCUCUUUUGGAGGUUGCGCAGAGGACUUGGAUGCGGACAGCUUCGCUGUGGAUUCUUUCUGGAAAGGUGCCGGCUUAUGGCGUGGAGGACUUCUGCAUAACUGCGAAUCCUACAUCAUCUUCGACAAUGAAUGCCUUCUCCAUCGAUCCAGCGCUGACGCCACCGUUCGUCAAUCCAGGGGCCGCACGUGCCCUACUCUCUGCAGGAAGCGCACUCAAUCAAUUGAGGUCUCAGAAUCUAUCGGCGACAGGCAGUCUCCAAUCUUCCGAGGAUCCGUCGUUGCUUCUGAUGCCCAUUCAUGCUAGAGUGCUUCAAUCACUGAGCUAUCCUCUCGAUCCACUGCUGUUCGAGAAUGUGUUGAGCUCUAUACAUCAAUCGAUCUCCGAAAAUGCGCUUUCACAAAUCCUUCCUCGAACUAUGGUUAUGCAGCUCCUUCAGGUCAUACUACGCUAUAUGCUUCUUGACCAUGGUGAAUUUGCAGUGUCUCUGGUGGCGCAUGCGGAUGAGCGCGUCAGCAACCGCCAGAGCCGAACUGUGGCUCGUCCUGUAAGAAAGACAGGUAAAUUGGAUGAUCUGUCCAUGCAGGAUGUUGAACUCAACGGCAUUCUCAACAAAGCCAUGUCAGACCUCGCCGCACUACAAGCUGACGACGACCUCGAUUACGAUAUUUGGAGCCUAGCGAAAAGGUUGUUGUCUCUCCGACCUGCGGCGGAAACUCCCCAUCGCUCGCGGUUGAUCUCAACGCUACUGCCUACGCCAACAAGUCUCUGUAUUACGAUUCCGCCGUCGUCCCCUCUACAUAUUUUCCUGUCGGCCCAAGAUGCUCAGAUGUAUGCAGUCUUAAAUGCAUAUUUACUCUCUAUACGUCGAGCUGGUCUUCAUUUAUCCGAACUCUGGAAGCUUUCAUACCAUCGACGAUGUUAUCCUGCCCCCGUCGCUCCGCCGAGAUCAUUCUCACGAACCGGGCAAGCCAGUACUGCGAAGAGAAGACUGCGCAAUGCAGAGAGAACUGCAAGGACAAGACGCCACUGGACAUGUGCUAGCAAAGCGCUGUUCAUGAUCAACGAGCUGCAAGCAUACCUUCAGGGUGAGGUGAUACAGUGCAGCUGGACACGUUUCGAAAAAUGGAUUGAAGGCGACGAUACAGGAACAUCAUCAUCGUCCACGAGGUCCUCAAGACCCGGCACGGCAUCAUCUGCAGGUUUGAGUAAAACCACCGGCCUGUCGUAUAUGGGAGACAACAUAACAGACUCUACUCGCCGUCACGGUCUCAACGACCCUCGAGCCCUGGCAGAAGCACACCAUUUGUAUUUGCAGGCUCUGAGUGAAGCGCUCUUCUUCACCGACGACAACUUCACGGGCGCGCUGCAGAGCCUGCUCAGCCGAAUCGAUCACUUGAUUGCUCUUUUCUCUCGCCUGCAGACAGUGUGGGAAAGCCUGGAUCUGCAGGAAGAUGAAGGUGUGUUGGACGCUUUCGCGAAUCACGCCCAGGAUGAGCAGGAGGUUCUGGCGGAGAUGGAUCGUACUAGAGAUGCCAUCGAGGCCACUCUUCUUGAACUUGUGCAGCUCAUCCGGGAAAUAGAGAAGGAGAAGCGAAGUGGCCUGGCCACGAACACUGUCAUCGAGAAAGCGAGCACUCUUGGAUUGGGCGGGACCAAGUUCGUACCCUGGCAGGCGAGAAGCGUAGACAGACUGAUCAUGAAGCUCGAUAGCCUGGCCGGGAGACAAGACGAGGGAAAAGAUGAAACUGGAACUGGUAUUGGCGACUUUUAUGACGACGAAUAG